CUUCCAUCCGGUGGGUUUUGCUUGGCGCACCCGGGAGGCGGGGCCUGCGGGGCAAGAUGGAGUUAGUGCAGGUCUUGAAACGCGGGCUGCAACGGAUCACCGGCCACGGCGGUCUCCGAGGCUAUCUACGGGUUUUUUUCAGGACAAAUGAUGCGAAGGUUGGUACAUUAGUAGGGGAAGACAAAUAUGGAAACAAAUACUAUGAAGACAACAAGCAAUUUUUUGGCCGUCACCGAUGGGUUGUAUAUACUACUGAAAUGAAUGGCAAAAACACAUUCUGGGAUGUGGAUGGAAGCAUGGUGCCUCCUGAAUGGCAGCGUCUCGGUCUAUCACCCAGGCUGGAUUUCAGUGAUACAAUCUUGGCUUACUGCAGCCUCGACCUCCUGAGCUCAAGCCAUCCUCCUGCCUCAGCCCCCGGAGUAGCUGGGGCUACAGGCACAGGCCACCAUGCCCGGCUACUGUUUGUAUGUAUGUAUGUGUGUAUUUAGUAGAGACAGAGUUUUGCCAUGUUGCCUAGGCUGGUCUCAAACUCCUGGGCUCAAGCUAUCUACCUGCCUUGGCCUCCCAAAGUGUUGACAUUACAGGUGUGAACCACCAUGCCCAGCUCAAGUACUAUUCUAUACUACUUUUUCUUUCUUUUUUUUUCUCUUGUUCUUGUCUUUAUUUUGUUCAAUGCCAAUUUUAUUGCUUUCAGUUUCAUUCUGAAGUUAUCUAAUUGCCACCGUCUAUACAGUAACACACAGAAGUCUUCAUUUUCAUUGUUAUGGUAGUUAGCGUUUAUAUAGAAUUAGUGUAGAAAAGUAGAAAGUUUGGGCUAUUUCAUGCAUGGCUGUAUAAAAUUAUUGUUUUCACUUGUAUCAGAAGAAAUAAAGAUGUGCUUUUUGUGGUUUGGA